AUGUCCUACGCCAAAGCAGUCUCCAGGGAUGCCCAACAAUCUCCUCAAGAGGCUGCGGCACCCCAACCUCGUGAAGUUGAAGUCGCCGAAGCUGAACCUGCAACAUCCUCUCUAAUCGAUGUCGACUCCCCGCACAUCUCCUCUGUUCCCCCCACCUACGAGUCUCAGCGUAUAAAAACAAACACCCAAGCCGAGCGCAUCGAGCGCGAGGGCGAGGAGAAACAGCGGCGCGAGCAAGCCGAAAGAGAAGUCAAACGCGCCGCAGCAAGAGACGCCAAGGGGAAAGCGAAAGCCGUAAAGAAUAAAGCAGCGUCCGCCAAGUUGUCCCUUCUCCGGAACAGGUCAAAUCCCGUCCUUUUGGGAAACGCGAUGUUGAUGGCUAUUGCGGGCGCCGGGUUGGGAUUUAGUGCAUAUCGCUGGCAUUCUCGGGGUGUGUUAACGUGGAAUAUACUGGGGUUGUGGUCUAGCGCAGUAGGUGCGCUUGGAUUUGUGGAUUAUUAUGUUAGCAAAUGGUUCCUGCAAAAUAAGUUUCCGCUAAAGUGA